UUUGAGGUUAUGGAACAAAAUCUACAAUGAUUUUUAGUUUAAAAAUAUAUAAGUACCGAUUUAUAUAUUUUUAAUCAAUCGUUUCGACAUUUAUGUACUUUUUAUUAACAUCUGAUUUAUAAAUAUAUUUUAUUAAGAUUAAUUACUGAACUCUGAUUACUUAGAAUAUACAUACAUGUGAUAAGGUUAUCAUUGUUAUUACAUAGUUCAUUCUAAAAAUCUUUAUCAUUGAAAUUUAACGUUAUCUGUUUGUUUAUGUUCAUUGUGGGAAGUCCCCACUUCUUUAUUAUAACCAUACCAAUCAGUUGCAUUUAGUACAGAUUCAAGCUAAGAUGGCUUACCGUGAGAUACUCUGUGAAAUAUUCUCUAAUAAAUCUGCAGAAACUAUAGAUAAUAUUAUAAGGAUUGUUGAAGAAAAUGGUGGUGGUGCUGAUGAUGAAAUGUUAGAAACUAUGAUCAAUUUGCUUUCCUUUACUGGAAAUCCAGACAAAGAAGAUAUUAUACUGACAAAGAAUAGUGAACCAGAUGAACUUUUGGAUGAGGCUACUGGAAUUAACUGGGAUUUAGCAAGUAGUUCAAAAAAAAAACAAGAUGUGUUUACAUUUCAAAAAUUAACUGAUGUUUUGCCAAAUGCUGACCCCUCCUAUUUAGAAGAAAAAUCAAAAGAAUUACACUGCGAAGAAGAUUUACAAAAUUUCAUUGAUAACGCCCUUGACAAUAAAAAUUAUCCUACAGUAGAAGAAUACUUAAAAAGAAAAGAAGAAAAAUUAGAACGCCAACAUUACACAUCAAAUUUCCAUCUUUAUGAGUUCUUGAAAGAAUUUCCAGAUCCUUUUACAUAUUUUGAAGCCCAAAAUAGAAGCCACUCUUUGUUAAUUAACGAAACAGACAAAGAAAACAAAGCUGAAGACAUUUUAAAUCAAGAAAAAGAUUUUGCACUAACAUUUCUUUACAAUCACUUCUCAAAACAACGUAAACGCGAUAUAAAAAGGAUCUUUACAAGUUAUAAUUAUGAUGUUGUAAAAACUGCAAAUCAAUUAUGGAAAGUACCACCUGCUUUUAAAGAAGCCAGAUUGAUUAUACCUCAAGACGACGAUUUAAAAACAAAUAUACUUCUCCUUAAAGAAAUCGCUUUCGUUAAAAAUGCGAAAGAAAUACGUCGAGUAAUCAAAGUACAAAAAGAAAAUAUCGAAAAAUCGCGAAAAUUAGGGUUAUUACAAACGUGUUCGAUCUGUUAUUUCGAUGAAUUAGUCCCUGAGGAAUGUUAUAUUUGUAGUAAUGAAUGCAUUUUUUGUCGCGAUUGUAUUCGACAAGCAAUUCAACUUGCAAUUAAUGAAGAAAAAUUAGAAAUGGGGUGUUUGAUGAAUUGCGGUGGCGAUUAUAGUUUGACCACUUUACAAAUGGUUUUGGAUCGAAAAACGUUCGAACGUUUUUGGCAGAAAAAACAACUUCACGAAAUUGAAAAAGCUAAAAUUGAUGGCCUUGAAUUUUGUUGCCUCUGUUAUAAAUUUGCUUAUAUUCCAAAUCCUGAUGAUAAAAUAUUUUCUUGUACUGCAUGCAAGCAAGAUUCAUGUAGAGAAUGUAAACAUGAAUCUCAUAUUCCAUUACGGUGCAAUGAAAUUGAAUAUGAUAAGGAUGUUCAAAUAAGAACUUUUAUUGAAAAUAAGAUGACUGAAGCACUUGUUAGAAAAUGUUAUCAAUGUGGUAAACAAUAUAUUAAAAGUUCUGGGUGUAAUAAGAUUCAAUGUAGUUGUGGAGCUAAAAUGUGUUAUCUGUGUAAUGUUGCUAUUAAUAAUUAUGAUCAUUUCGGCGACAAUAAGUGCGCUUUAUUCACCGACGAUAAUCUUCUUCAUUUAGAAAAUGUUAAGGAAGGUGCUAGAAAAGCUAAAGUUGAAUUGGGAGUUGAUAAAAAUCCGGAAAUGUUAAAAUUCGAUCCUGCCAAAGAUUUAGAGUCUUGAUUAUAAAUUAAAUAUUGAUUAAAAUUAUUUUGUAUUUUGCUACUAAUCUAAAGAAAAUUUUAAAUAUGUUUA